AUGAAAAUUUGGUUACAAUUUCUUUCAGAGGAUUGUUCAUUUCAAAUACCGAUUUUGGAAGGGGUGCUGAUGCAAAUAUUCUACCUAGAAGUUUUCAUUCGUGAUUUAAUUCCUUCUGCUCUUGCAUUCUUGCUCAAUGGAGGAGAGAUUGUGAAGAACUUUCUGUUCCAUACUCUCCAAUUGCAGAGUUUGGAAAAGACAGUUGACUGCCAUAGACCUGGUCAAGGGUUGAUGCCAGCAAGCUUUAAAGUUCGAAGUGUGGCUCUUGAUGGAAAUCCGGUGAAUUUGAGGAUGUUUUGGAUCCUGAUUUUGGUGAAUCAGCGAUUGGUCGUGUUGCACCCGUUCAUUCCAGAGAAGAUGAACAGGCGGACACCAUAUGUCGAUGCAACUGUGAGCAGUUAUGCUACUUCUCAAUCUCAUGCGUCUGCACAGAGAAUGCAACAACAUGCUCACACACCUGAAUUUCCAUUUCGACACAGCAGUGGAAUACAAUUCUAA